CAUAUAGCGGUAUAGCCUUCCUUAACCGUAAUUAUUUAAACAAAAUAAGCAUUGGUGGCAAAAUCUGUUUCUGAUAUUCUGGUGAUAUUGAGGACGCCUAAGCAAUAAGCAUGAGUGGUGGUGCUCUAAUGUCUCAGCUACAUCUCAAUAGCAGCGCCUGCUGUUUAAACUCUUUACCUCUCAAUUUAAAGCAUCGAAUUUUUCCCCAAUUUCUCCACUUAACAAACCAUACAGAAAAGUUCACUUUGUCUACUAAAAAAUCUCCUAGAAAUUGUAGGAGGACCGUUUGUUUUGCGGUUGAAGAUUUGAAGGAAAAUGAUCAAUUUUCAGGCAGUGUUGGUAUUAGCUCACCUUUUGAAGAUACACAAGAUGAACUUGUUAAUGUUGACCAAGAACGUAGACAGAGUGGUCUCUAUGAUUUUCUUUAUCCUAGUAAAGAUGAUCUACCUGAUGAUACGGAGAUGACUAUAUUUGAUCACCUAGAGGAGCUUCGUCAGAGAAUAUUUGUGUCAGUUUUGGCUGUUGGUGCAGCUAUUUUGGGCUGUUUUGCUUUCUCAAAAGAUUUGAUCGUGCUCCUUGAGGCCCCAGUUAAAGAGCAAGGAGUUCGUUUCCUGCAACUAGCUCCUGGCGAGUUCUUCUUCACGACAUUAAAGGUUUCAGGAUACUGUGGUCUUCUCCUUGGAAGCCCUGUGAUCCUCUACGAAAUUAUCGCAUUUGUGGUACCUGGUCUUACUAGGGCAGAGAGAAGAUUCCUGGGACCUAUUGUAUUAGGCUCUUCUGUACUGUUCUAUGCUGGUAUCACCUUCUCCUACCUUGUUCUCACCCCAGCAGCAUUGAACUUCUUCGUAACGUAUGCGGAAGGAGUUGUUGAAUCACUUUGGUCGAUUGAUCAAUAUUUUGAAUUUGUUCUUAUCCUGAUGUUCAGCACAGGCUUGUCUUUCCAGGUUCCAGUCAUACAACUUUUGCUGGGACAGACAGGUUUGGUUUCUGGAGAUCAAAUGCUCUCAAUUUGGAGAUAUGUUGUGGUUGGUGCUGUUGUCGCUGCUGCUGUGCUUACACCAUCAACUGAUCCCUUGACCCAACUGCUCCUGGCAGGGCCACUUUUAGGGCUCUAUCUUGGUGGUGCCUGGGUGGUGAAGUUCAUUGGGCGCUAGUUUUUCAACAAAUUACGUUAACGGCCUUUGCCAAUGUGGUUAAAUUUGUAUAGUUUAUAUAUCUUGUUUGUAUCAAUGUGUAACGGUUGUACUUACAAGAUGGAACUCAUGGAUUAUGCCAUAAGACAAUUUUGGGCAACAAGUUACAAUGUAUUCUGGCAUUCAAAUCCAACACAACUAGAUGCUCAAAUUUGUAUAUGUCCAUACUCGUUAAACUGUAAAUUUUCUACCAGCAAGAAUGACAAGUUUGUCAAAGAUCA